AUGAAAACCAUGCUGUCCAUUACCGUGGUAACAGUUGCACUGUUCUUUGAAUACUCAACACAAGUAUGGAGCAGUGCCAGCCUUAGCGGCGGUAAAAAUGUUACCAAUGCAACCGGAGAAAUCCGGGAAACCCAAUCGUCCCAGAGCAGUUUGGAGGCGUCGGUACAGUCGGAAAGUACGAAACCAACGCUUGGAGUUAAUGGGCAAGGAACCGAACAGUUCAUAGGAGCCCCCUUAAAAUCUGGCGCUUCCGAGCAAGAAGCCGGGUACAGCCUUACCUUUCCCACUGGGCGCUACAAAAAGUGGUCCAACUGGUCUAAAUGUGAUCCAAUUGAAUGUGUAAAGCGACGACGCCGUGAAUGUGUUGACGGAUCUUGGGGGCACGCUGACGUGAAUAGAUCAGGUGCAAGACGCUGUCCUAGCCGAUAUUACGAAGAGACGCGCGACUGUAAAGACAAGACAACUUGUGUAACAUAUGGGAUGCUUGACAAUUGUGGAGUCCAAACCAGCAACGAAGACACAGCCCUUAACCCAACGGAAGCCCAAAGAACAACAUCAAAUUCUUGGCCAUGGCUGGUUCGGCUGAUUACAAAAGAUCGUGAAGGAAAGGAAUACUACUGGUGCGGUGGGACGCUGAUUUCUCAAACGUUGAUCGUCAUCGCAGCUCAUUGUUUUAGUGAUAACGGCUGGGCUGUUGCUCCAGGAUUUCCAACUACCCCAGAGAAUGCCAUCGGUACAUCCCUUUACGCUUAUUUGGGCAACCAUCGCAGCAGCGCUGAUCACGGAACUGCUAAGAAGUAUCUGGUUAAAAUGAUUUCAAUCCAUACAUACCAUGACACUUUUAAAAUAUCUAAAGGAUAUGAUAUAGCUUUACUGCAAUUGGAGAAACCUGCAGAUUUGAAUAAGGAGGUUAACUACGCUUGCAUAGCGACACAGCCUAUUGAAUUUGAACACGGCACCAAAUGCUACGCUGUUGGUUGGGGUCAGAUGCCAAGCAGCGUUAAAAGUAACAUGGAAAAAUACUCGGUCGACGCUUCCCAAGAUCCUUUCAACCCAGGUGAUACAGACACCGAUAACGUGCUUAAGUUUAAAUUCAAAAAUUCGGAACCAGUUGAAAUUCAGGAGGUUGUUCUGCCAAUAAUGAGUGCAGACAAAUGUUUUAAGUACUACCCGAAACAUCAAAAGGGUUCUCAAUUUUGUGCGGGUUGGAGUUUGAAGGAUUCUUGUGAACGCGACUGCAGAAGUGGACUAUAUUGCAUGAUCCCCUACACGAAUAAGUGGCUGCUAGCGGGUGUGAGAAACUACGGCACAGAAACUGAGUGCAAACCGGGUACGGGUAUAUACACUUUGACACAGAACAGAGAGGAAUGGUUGCGGUCAAUGUUAAAGUGGUGGGCUUCUUAA